GUUCGAUUUGCACUCUUCUAUCUUAGAAGGAAGACUACAAAGUUCCCCGAAUGUUACUUCCAAAUCGAACACAGUCCUUCUGAAAUAAGAAUUUCAAUAUGGCGACCAAGGCAGUACAACUACUGACGGUCCUCACUGAAAUUAUUGAAGAGGAGGAAGAAGAAGGUAUGGAUGACGAGGAUCACAACAAUUUCUUAAUUCUCGGGAUAGCUGCAUUAAGUAAAACAAGGGAAGUUAAAAGACAUCGCAUCGAGGACUAUAUACAGAACACAGUGCCAAUGUAUUCACCAUGUGUUUUCAAAACUUUUUUUCGUGUUUCGCGAUCGACAUUUGAAAUGAUUUUGGAAAAUAUUGCCACUAUUGAUGCCCUCAAACAAAGAAAUCCAAGUGCAGGAAGAACACAGGUUCCUUUAGAAAAAGAUCUAUUAAUGACUCUUUGGUAUGUUGGUUCACUGGAAACAGUAAGGUCAAUUUCUGAUAGAUUUGAUGUAUCUGAAUCAACAUUUUAUGAACACAACAGGAGAAUGUUAAAUGUUUUCACUGAUGACUUGCUACACAAAUUCAUACAAUGGCCACAUACAGAAAUCGCAACUGUAAGCGACAGAUUUGAACAGAAAAAGGGAUUUCCAGAUGUGGUAGGCGCUAUUGACGGCACCCAUAUUCGUAUCAAAUCACCAACAAGUGAGCACGCAGCCGACUACCUGAACAGGAAGCGAUAUCAUUCUGUUGUUCUUCAAGCAGUGUGUAGGGAAGAUAUGAGGUUUACAGACAUAUAUGCUGGAUGGCCAGGUAGAGUGCAUCACGCAAGAAUUUUUCGGAACUCGCCACUGUUUCAAAAGGGUCAAACAUUGUGUGGGCAAUGCCAUCUACUUGGUACAACUGGUAGAAAUGAUGGAUGUCUCCUAAAUAACAAAGCUUAUUGGACUAGCCUGUAUUCUUCACAAUAUGUGUAUUGAAAAGGUGGUGAGUUGGAAGAACAUUUCAACAAUGCUGCUCAGCAAAUUCCACAAGAAAAUCUCAUGCCAUUAGAAAUAGAUGCAGAAGGCAAACUUAAAAGAAUCCUUUUGACACGUCGAAUUGCCUAUUCAUGAGCACAGGACAUUGGAUACUUGAGCAUACACAUCUGUUCCCUGGAGGAACACGUUGCAAGCUUAUUUCAGUCUCAAACUUUUCUUAGUAAAUGCAUGCAUGAAUACACAUGUAUAAUUCAUUGUGUCAUAAUAAAGUAUUUGCAAUACA